AUGGCGGACGUCCAAGGUCUCGUGAAUGAGCUUGCUACCAGUCUCCGGAAGCGGAAAGUCGAGGGUUCACGGGAGACUGCUCGGCUAACGGCAGAAUUGCUUCGGACAGUUAUAUCGGCACAGAAGUUGCCAUCACCUACAAACCAGGCAGCUGCUCUUAUUGCGGCGGUAAGAGGCGUUGGCCAGCGGCUUAUUGCUGCUAAUCCUGUUGAGCUUGCUAUUGGGAACAUCGUGAGGCGCAUUUUCCAUAUUAUUAGGGAAGAGGAGCUUUCACUCCAAGUUGAAGGGUUGUCUUUAUCCACUCAAGGCAGGGAUAGAGAUCGUGAUGAGGAAGACGAUAAAGCGUUCCUCUCGUCUGCCGCGACUUCUCAAAGACUUCUGCGUUCACCUUCACUGGCUGAUCUUCUUGGGAGCAGAGCCGCUAUGGCACCAGCUUCAACGAAUCAAGAAAUCCAGGGGAAAGGCAAGUCUUCUGAUAAAAGUCCAAGUAGCUGGACAUUGAAGCACAAUGUCAUAGAGGCAGUUAAUGACCUCAUUGAAGAUAUAAUAACUUGCCAUGAACAGAUUGCGGAUCUGGCGGUGGAGCUUAUACAUCAAAAUGAGGUGGUACUAACCUUAGGUCAGUCAAGAACCGUGAAAAAGUUCCUAUGUGCUGCGAAGAAGAAACGAUCAUUCCAUGUCUUUGUUGCUGAGGGUGCUCCAAAGUAUCUGGGUCAUGUUCUUGCAAAAGCGUUGGCUGCAAAAGGUUUGCAAACUACAAUGAUUACCGACUCUUCAGUUUUCGCCAUGAUUUCACGAGUAAACGUUGUCAUAGUCGGGGUUCAUGCCGUGAUGGCCAAUGGUGGGAUCAUAGCUCCUGUUGGGACGAAUAUGGUUGCACUUGCUGCAAAAAAGCAUGCUGUUCCGUUUGUUGUGGUUGCUGGCACUCAUAAGUUGUGUCCACUAUAUCCUAAUAAUCCAGAGGUUUUGCUGAAUGAUAUGAGAUGCCCAUCAGAACUCUUAUCUUUUGGGGAAUUCUCAGAUUUCGUGGAUUUUAGUAUCGGCAGUGGAGCUUCUCUUCUUAACAUUGUUAAUCCUGCAUUUGAUUAUGUGCCACCGGAGCUAGUCAGCCUUUUUGUUACUGAAAUAGGGGGGCACAAUCCAUCAUAUAUCUAUAGGCUCAUUUCAGAUUUUUACUGUGCUGAUGAUUUGCCUCGACAACAAAAACCGGCUUCUUGAAUUGAAUUUUCUAAUUCCAUGCAGUCGAGAUAUAUUUCCUUUUUAUUAUGUAUGUUCGAGAUACUAGUAUUCUUUUCGGCAUUCUGAUUUUGUCUUACAUUGUAUUUC